UACGCGUACAGAACAGUUCGCUGUUUACUGCCGUGAAGUUUAGUUGAGUUUCGAACGUUCAGCAAUACAGACGGGCCUUGUUUAUCGGUCGUCCAGCACUUCGCUCUCGGUUCAGCGACACUCGGAUUGAUAUGGCGGAUUAAGAGGGAGACUAGAAAUUGUUAUCGGUAGCCGCGGUGUAGUGUCACGGAAAAUAUAGAACAAACGGGUGCAGAUUUACGUGGAAGUGAACUACAAAAUGGUGCGGUAAAAGUGCGCACAGCGUACAAUGACAGUGUGAGGCAUUACAGGGAAAAAUCGAAGCGUAACACUCGCCUCAAGUGUGUACACGGCAAAAAGAGAAGAAAACAGCGCGGAAAAUCAUAGCACAGAAGUGCUCUUGUUUGUGGCAUUGUUUUGUGAUUGAUUUGAAAGUGAAGCGACAUUCACCCUUCACUCUGGAAGUGGAAGACGGCUCCGUACCGAAGAAUACAGUCGUCGUUUGACGAGACGUUCGAAUAGGAAAACAGUGUCGUAAUGUCAACUGCAGUUUGACGGAAAAGUCUGCGAUUUUGCUCCGACGGAAGACGAGUGCCAGAACAAAAGUGAACGGUAGCUGUCAUAUCGUAGGUGAAAUACGUGCGUACUGACAACCGUACUACGCAAGCUCCUGAAGUGCGUAGUGUUUUCGUCGGCUGAGGAGAAAUACGCACGGGUUGUUGUUGUUGGACGAAGAAGCAGCGAAUACGGGUGAAACAAAAUUACAACCUUGUCCCGAAUAUUUGGGGGUUUGCUCGUCUCGUUUGUGUUUUUAUUUUUUCGCGGUGUUGUACGCUGAAAAUAUCGUGGUCCUGUACGGGUGGUGUGUAGUCUACAGUCGAAAACGAUUCGCUAAUGUGCUAAGCACAUGUGAUACAGAACAGAACCGAACGCAGCAGUAACAACAAAAGGAUUAUACGUUGGUCCAACCAAUAAUACUGGCAGCGCGCAGCAGUCAGUGUGACAAUCAGACACAGGCAGUCGAGAUUGCAAGCGGUAGAUGUGUGAUUUUGGGGGGUGAGUUUAUACGACCUGAUAUCGAGAACAAGCUCUGGCGGCGACGUCAACGACGGCAACAACUGUGUGCCGUGUGCGAUGUGUGACAGCCGUCGUCGUCGCCUUGUGAUAGCGAAAAUCGUGAACCCCUCUGCUGUGAGCUGUGAGCUGUGAGCUGCACUAAAAAACAACAACAGUUGUGCGGUGUGUAUAAUACAAUCAUCGUCGUCGUACUCAGAUAUACGUGCGAAACGUGUGCGCUGCAGUAGUACAGCCGGUGCGUAUACAGCAUAGCCAAACGGGGUGACAAGUUGUGUGGAGUGUUUUUAUUUUUUGUACGUAGAAGAAAUACAAGAACGCGCGGGAGGAUACGGAGAGAAUAGUGGCAACAGCGAGUAGCAUCAUCGCUUGGGACCUGGACAUCGCGCUAUUGAAGAUUUCAGUCAUUGACCGAUGAUAUAAAUCAUACGGCGAUCGGAUCUUCUUGACUACUUCUAUCCUUCGUCUACAUCCACUUUUUAGCUUCAUUCCUAAAGAACCCCACGGUCCGCAGUACGCGUCCCACCAUCCAUCUGUAAGCCAGCGUUACUUUUCUCGCGCGAACACCCGUCAAAAGGCAUCACACUUCGUCGUCCGUUGCACCGCACAACCGACCGACCAUCUCCAUCUAUCCCGACCGGAGUAGCAACUGAUUUGGGAGAACAAGUUUUCUGAAUUGAAUUUGCUCAACCCCGUCACCAGUCACCACCGAUCUAUAAAAGGACCAACCUUCACCACGUAUACGGGGUCUCGUUCGGAAGGCGGCACAUGUGUCAUUCCGAGAGCGGCGGCAACGACGACGACAACUGACGGACCAACAACGACGAGGAAGGGAAGUCGUUUGCAAACCCUGAUGGCAGUACCGGUAGCAGCAGCAGAAGCAGCAUCAGCCGCAGGAAGCGCAACGAUGAAGAUAAUCUAAUUGAAAUUUUGCACCCAGGCUGCCUGCAGACACCAGCAACAAAUUUCACCUCAUUUUCGGACCAGAAAAUUAGAUUCGAAAUCACAUUCUCAUCAGCGGACACGUCCGGACACCAGUCAAAAUGACACGAACACACCGAAUCAGCACCACGCUAACGGCGUGUCUACUACUCCUACUGUGCAGUACCGGAGUACACUGCACGUAUUACGGCGGGGGCGGUGCAAGCCCCGCGCCUCAUCUACCGGCGAUACCAAAGGACCCGCACUCACGAUGCGAGGAAAUCACCAUUCCGAUGUGCCGGGGCAUCGGUUACAAUCUAACCUCGUUUCCGAACGAGAUGAAUCACGAAACGCAAGAGGAAGCCGGACUGGAGGUGCACCAGUUCUGGCCCCUGGUGGAGAUCAAAUGCUCACCGGACCUGAAGUUCUUCCUCUGCUCGAUGUACACUCCAAUCUGCAUCGAAGACUACCACAAGCCACUCCCGGUUUGCCGGAGUGUUUGCGAACGGGCUCGAGCUGGCUGUGCACCUAUCAUGCAGCAAUACAGCUUCCAAUGGCCUGACCGGAUGGCAUGCGAGAACUUGCCCGUUUCCGGAGAUAGCGAUAACCUGUGUAUGGAACAGCCCAGCGAGGACGAUGGCAGUCAUUCGUCCGGCGCAGGAGGAGGCGGAGGCAGCGGAGGUUCGCACUCGAAACCAACCCGCAAAUCCCACGGAUCAUCAGCGGGAGGAGCCUCCGGCCAGAACAACAAAUGCAAGGGCAAGAAUUCAAAAAACUGCCAAAAUCCCCCAGGGGAAAGAACAAAAGAGUGCAUGUGCCGGUGUCGGGAGCCACUGGUGACCCUGGGGAAGGAAAACCUACUGCACAACCAAAGUGUCGAAAGGGUAGGCGACGUCAUAAACUGCGCGAUCCCGUGUCGGGGGGCGUUCUUCAGUCAGGAGGAAAAGGAUUUCGCCGGGGUGUGGAUCGCGCUAUGGUCCGGCCUCUGCGGCAUAAGCACACUAAUGACACUCACCACGUUCCUCAUCGACACCGAAAGGUUCAAAUAUCCUGAGCGUCCGAUAGUUUUCCUGUCGGCGUGCUAUUUCAUCGUGUCCUGCGGCUAUCUGACGAGGCUCUUCCUCGGACACGACGAAAUUGCCUGCGAUGGGAAAGCGAUCAAGUACCCCUCGAUGGGACAGAGCUCGUGUACGAUGAUCUUCAUCAUGAUCUACUUCUUCGGAAUGGCUUCGUCCAUCUGGUGGGUGAUCUUGUCGUUCACCUGGUUCCUGGCUGCAGGGCUCAAGUGGGGCAAUGAGGCGAUCUCGAAACAUUCACAGUACUUCCAUCUGGCUGCUUGGUUGAUUCCAACCGUCCAGAGUGUUUCGGUACUGCUGAGGCCAGCGGUAGAUGGCGAUCCAAUAGCUGGGAUUUGUUACGUUGGCAACACAUCCGUGGAGAAUCUGAAGAACUUUGUGCUGGCCCCGCUAUUCGUAUACUUGGUGAUAGGAACAACUUUCCUAAUGGCAGGAUUUGUCUCACUGUUCAGAAUUAGGUCAGUCAUUAAGCAACAAGGUGGCAUCGGAGCUGGAUCCAAAGCUGACAAACUGGAGAAAUUGAUGAUUCGAAUAGGGAUCUUUAGUGUAUUGUACACGGUUCCCGCCACGAUCGUGAUCGGCUGUCAUCUAUACGAAGCAAACUUUACGGAAGACUGGAUGACCGGACUUACGUGUCCCUGUAAAGCAGGGACCGGAAUCAGGCAGAAACCUUUGUACUCUGUGCUAAUGUUGAAGUACUUCAUGGCGUUGGCCGUGGGAAUCACAUCUGGAGUAUGGAUAUGGUCUGGUAAGACUGUAGAGUCGUGGCGACGACUCUGGAGAAGGUUGUUCGGUUCGCCGGAUCCAACCGGAGCUGGGCAGGUACUGAUAAAGCCCCGACCACCACUCCCACAGCCAUACGCAACGUCCGGAAUUGGAGUUCCCGGUUCGGCGGCAGCUUCUCUACUUGCCACUCCGUACACGCAAACCGUUGGAAGCGUGGCGUCCACUAGUCAUCACCAUCUGCAUCACCAUGUACUCAAACAAACCCCACUUAGUCACGUAUGACCUGGAGACAUUGGCGGCGCUUCCACACUCACUGCAGGCUCUGGCUCGGUGGUUGAUCCCCGAGCCGUGUCGGUCGUCGUAACGCUGCCAGGACCGCAACCAGGUCAAGCCCUGAGCGACUACGGUCCAAUAUAGUUGACAGUGCGACCAGAUACGACGGCACGAUGGAUACCUAGCAAUGCAAGCGAUCAGCUGUGACCCGGAAGCGCAUAAACCGGGGAGGGAUAACUGCACACACACAUUCUCAUGUACAUGUGCGUGUGUUACUUUUUGUAAAUGUUUGUAGAUGGAAGUCAUCACUGUAGAAGGUCGUUUGUAGAUCAUAGAAGUAUGUGUUCACUUUGUACCACUUGUAAUCAGGAGAAACAAAAUGAUGUGUGGUGUAGAUGUCGUUGUUUCGUACUGUUGUAGAAGUCGCGGAGUACAAGUGACGUGUGUACAUUUCAUUCACUAUCAUAAUAACACAUAAACAAGAACGAAGAAAACACUAGGUUAGGUCAAAUGAAGUCGUGCUGGUCAAAAGUCACACUGUUCCCUCCCUGUCGCCAUCCAUCUAUCACUUUCUCAACAAGUCAAAUCAUGAAACCAUCCUACACUAUCGAACGCAAGCUAUCUUCUAACUCUAAGCUCUUUAUAUACUUAGGAAAACGAUGAAGCAGCUCUCUUUCUAGUCCAAACGAAUGCAUAUAAAACUGAUCCAUCGACGAACAAUUUUUAUACAACCAGACAAAACAAUGAAACAGAAGCGUCAUGAAUCGGAAGGCAUUUUCUACAUCAUUUUAAAGCCACAAAUUGAGGAAAACUAACGAAAACUUAACACUUGCUGUCAUAUUUAAUCAACCGGUAUGUGGUAGAAGACAUUCUUACUGUGAACUGAUCAUGUGUUCUAGUGAAUAACAAAAGCGUAGAAGCAACCCGUCUCUAUUAACUGUGUGACCAACAAUAUCGAUAACAAAGCCAACAAACUCGUCAUGUACGUACGUUUUUAUCGUAAAAAAAAGUGAGUAAACCGGAACUUUCCAUGCGACGAAACAAGCAUUUAGAAGAAAAUGACAAUACAUUGUAAGCAAGGUGGUGACUAGUUUUUAUCGGUUAUUAUCCCUAAAUGCCUCACUGCCCAACAAACACCCAUGCUACAGAAGUUCCGAGCUAAUGACCACCCAUCAUCCCCAACUUUGUUACGAGCAUAAAAAAAACUGUUGGCUCCGGUCAUGAAAAAAUCAAUUAGCAAUGGAAAUCAAUAGUCUACUCCACUAGAAAUGCCCUUUUUCAAUUGCAAACCCAGUUCUCCCGUAAACUUUUUCGGAAUCUUCUCAAAAACAACUGAAAAAAUGUAUCAUAGACUGAGAACCAAAAUUAGAAAUAUUGAUACAUGUGAGCGCACGAAACAGCUGCAAUGUGAAACAAACAACUCACACUCAUACUUUUGAAGGUGCAUUUGAAACAUUUAUACGUAAUUAGAAUUAAUUUACUCGUUUAGAGUGGUAUAAGUGACAAGUAUAUCCUUAACCAAAAAUAUGACAGAAUAGUUGCAAUACUUUAUCAAAUGGCUGUAUGAGUUUCGAAAAAAAAACUUAUUAAAUCACAAAUUACUUUCCCAAAAUCUAUUUUAGAUUCAUUUUUUUUUCGACAUGCUUCCAAUAAUGACAAAUUUGUAAAACGAAACCUUCUCUCUACUUAUCAGUGCCAUUAUUUCAUAACUUUUCAUCCUUUACAUUCAUACUUCUGAUCAUAACAAUCGUUUCGUUUUAUUGUUUUCCUACUUUCAUCCGUGCAAGAACACAUGACUUUUGUUUGCCUUACCAAUUUACCUCAGUAACCAUCGUACUUGUGUGUAGAAACUCUAAACAAAGGAAUCAAAACCUACUUCGAAUUGCCAUAGAGCUUCAGUUGUCAAAGAAGUUUUUUUUGUAUACUAAGUUCGAUUUAUGUACGUGUCGAAACGUGUUGUUUAUAGCUUUGUAUCAUAAUAGCAAAACAACUAACAUUAUAUCUAGAAAGUGACACUAAAUUCGCGGAAACCGCUCACACAAAGAGAGCCUACUUUAAUCAUGUGUGUACAUAUCAGAAAAUCCUACCUUAGGACUAAAUUUUCGUUUUUUUUCUCUGGAAAUAAAGUGACUAAUUUUGUAGCUGCUUAUCAAUCAAAAAUCUAUUAUGUAGAAAAAAUCGAACACACAAAAUCAGUCAAAUUGUAAAUUGUUUGUAUAAUUUAUUCGAGUAAAAUGUUUAUUGUUUUGUACCCCCUCUAAUAUACGAUCGAAUGUAUCAACGUGCAUACUGUACAAAUUAUGCUUGAAAUUCACUGCAAAAGAACAACAAUUUAAUUAAUGCUUAUCUUAAGUACAGGAACUUUUAGAUUGGAGUAAAUAUGAAAUCUCGCUUAAACUGAAAAAACAGGAAAAUUGUCACAAUUCUAUGUCACACCUUACGUAUUGCAAUAAUUCGGCGUCUCGGAUAAACUCAAAGUCAACAAUGCCAACGUUUAGCACGAUCUUUAAAUCUGGAAACAGGGAUAUGUAACAUAUUUCAAAUAUCAUUUAAAAAAUGUUUUGCGUAAAAUUUUACCAAACUGUGCGUUUUUAAUGCAUGUUAUAUACCUAUUAUGAAUUCGAAUCUCUCGAAUUACUUUUCGAUAGUUCCUAUAAUUUAAAUUUAGUAUUGUCCUUACUAGUAUAUCAUCAUCUUUGUAUUCCAAAAUGUUUCACUUUUAAGAUUUUCUAAACUUUAAAAUAAAGUAUUCUAUUCCAAAAGCUGAUAGCUUAGUUGCUAAUCUCUGAUUGAAUUUUACAUUAUUCAGUGACCGUUCAAAUAAUCGAAAGAAUUUCACUGCAAGUAGUUACGUUUCUGUUUCCGGAUUAAGCUCGUGCGAAUCUGGUUGAAUAUAAUAAUUUAAAAAAUACAAUAGGACACCAAACAGUGACGAAAAUUUCGGACGAUCAAGCACACAAGGCGAGACUUGAGUGUGUGAAAAAUUUACAAGAAAAAGCAGCGGAAAAGUACGCUAGGCGUGAGCGUGUACGAGAACCAGAGUCAAAACAAGAUGAUGUUGUUAGUAUGAUUGCAAAUCUUUUUAUGUUGUGUCACCCUUGUCCAACCGCCUCACCUCAUCGACAUCCAACCUGCUUCAAUCAUCCACUUCCACUUAUGACAGCUUAAAACUAUGCUUUAAAGUUUUUGGUGAAUUUUCAACUUCCCUUCACAACCAUCAGUCCACAACAGUAUCCCUGUUUCAUCAUCAUCGUUCUCAUUCUUCUGUUUUUUUUUUGUUGCACCGAGACACCCACUAAUGCCCCAGUACUUGACCCAUCUACUUACCAACUUCAAUGUCAUCCCCCCAACUUCUUUAAAUAUUUAUUUUGUUUUUGUGAGCAGAAGCAAACGUUUGCGCUAGAGAAACAGAAUAAAGUAAAACGGUGUGAAUGAAAUCUGGUUUUAACAGAUAUAUAGACUGUAUACGAAUAUUUUGAAUUAUUAUAAGCAAGAAGCAGAAAUACAGUAAUGGAAGCACUGUAUUCAAGCAUAAUUAUUAACCCCGGUAAUGAUGCGCAAUCGUAGCAAUUGGCAAGUCGUGUAAUAUAUAGAAGAAGAAAAAACAUAAACCAAUAAUAAGCGAAAAAAUGGAAAGCAUCCGUAACAACAUGGAAGCAAAAAUUUACAUAUACAAUAAGCAAAUGUGGAUAAAAAUAUGUAAAACGAACAACAUCGGUGGAAAUCGAAAUGCAAGAAAACUUAUAUAUAAAGUGAAGCAUAUUUUUAAUUGUUUAAUAAAUUAUUAAAAUAAUAAAACCAAAAA